AUGUCUAGCGAGACCGAGACCUUCACUUUCCAGGCUGAGAUUUCUCAGUUGAUGAGCUUGAUCAUCAACACUUUCUACUCCAACAAGGAAAUCUUCCUCCGUGAACUUAUCUCUAACGCCUCUGAUGCUUUGGACAAAAUCCGUUAUCAAGCUUUGACCGAUCCCUCCAAGCUCGACUCUGAGAAGGACCUCUAUAUCCGCAUCACCCCCGACAGGGAGCACAACAUCCUCAGCAUCCGUGAUACUGGUAUUGGUUUGACUAAGGCUGACUUGGUUAACAACUUGGGUACCAUCGCCAAGUCUGGUACCAAGACUUUCAUGGAGGCCCUUUCUUCCGGUGCUGAUAUUUCCAUGAUUGGUCAAUUCGGUGUUGGUUUCUACUCUGCCUACCUUGUUGCCGACAAGGUCCAGGUCAUCACCAAGCACAACGAUGAUGAACAAUACAUCUGGGAAUCUGCCGCUGGUGGUUCUUUCACCAUCACUCGUGAUGAGGUCAACCCCCCUCUUGGCCGUGGUACCGAGAUCCGUCUCUACAUGAAGGAGGACCAACUUGAAUACCUUGAGGAGAAGAAGAUCAAGGAUAUCGUCAAGAAGCACUCCGAGUUCAUCUCAUACCCUAUCCAGCUCGUCGUUGAGAAGGAAGUUGAGAAGGAAGUCUCUGACGAUGAGGAAGAAGUUGAAGAAUCCGAGGACAAGCCCAAGAUCGAGGAAAUCGAUGAGGAAGAAGAGAACAAGGAAAAGAAGAAGAAGACCAUCAAGGAAAAGACCACUGAUACCGAGGAGCUUAACAAGACCAAGCCUCUUUGGACCCGCAACCCUGAGGAUAUCAGCCAGGAGGAAUAUGGUGCCUUCUACAAGGCCCUCACCAACGACUGGGAAGAACCCCUUGGCGUCAAGCACUUCUCUGUUGAAGGUCAGCUCGAAUUCCGUGCUAUCCUCUUCCUUCCCAAGCGUGCUCCUUUCGACAUGUUCGAGACCAAGAAGAAGCGCAACAACAUCAAGUUGUACGUCCGUCGUGUCUUCAUCAUGGAUGACUGCGAGGAACUCAUUCCUGAGUGGCUCAACUUCAUCAAGGGUGUUGUCGACUCUGAAGAUCUUCCCCUUAACAUUUCUCGUGAAAUGCUCCAACAGAACAAGAUUCUUAAGGUCAUCCGCAAGAACCUUGUCAAGAAGUGCUUGGAAAUGUUCGCUGAAGUCUCUGAAGAUAAGGAGAACUUCGCCAAGUUCUAUGAAUCUUUCUCCAAGAACAUCAAGCUCGGUAUCCACGAAGAUGCCCAAAACCGCGGUAAGCUCGCUGAGCUCUUGCGUUACCACUCCACCAAGUCUGGUGAUGAGAUGACCUCUCUCAAGGACUAUGUCACUCGCAUGCCCGAAAAGCAACAAAACAUCUACUACAUCACUGGCGAGUCCCGCGCUGCCAUUGAGCACUCUCCCUUCCUUGAAGCUCUCAAGAAGAAGAACUUUGAAGUCUUGUUGAUGACUGACCCCAUUGAUGAGUAUGCCACCACUCAACUUAAGGACUACGAUGGCAAGAAGCUUGUCUGCGUUACCAAGGAAGGUCUUGAACUCGAAGAAGAUGAGGAGGAGAAGAAGGCUCGUGAAGAGGAAGAGAAGAAGUAUGAUGACCUCUGCAAGGCUGUCAAGGAAAUCCUUGGUGACAAGGUUGAGAAGGUUGUUGUCUCCAACAAGCUUACUGACUCCCCAUGUGUUCUCACCACCGGUCAAUUCGGUUGGUCUGCCAACAUGGAGCGUAUCAUGAAGGCUCAAGCUCUCCGUGACUCCUCCAUGUCCUCUUACAUGGCCUCCAAGAAGACUCUUGAACUCAACCCUGACCACCCCAUUGUCAAGACUCUCAAGGAAAAGGUCGCUGCUGACUCUUCUGACCGCACCGUCAAGGAUCUCACCACCCUCUUGUACGAGACCUCCCUUCUCACAUCUGGUUUCUCCCUUGAUGACCCCAACAACUUCGCCAACCGCAUUCACCGUAUGAUCUCCCUUGGUCUUAACAUUGAUGCUGAUGAGGAGACCCCUGCUGAGGAAACCUCUGAUGUUCCCCCAUUGGAGACUGCUGAGGCCUCUAAGAUGGAGGAGGUCGAUUAAAUCGCUAUAAACAUGAUAUUACAAGAAG